AUGGCGUGGCAACCGGAGGAGGAAGGCUUGAGACAGUUGUCUGAAUACCUCAAGAGCUCUUUGAGCGGGCAUGACAGGAAUAAGCAGAAAGAGGCCGAGCAGAUGCUCACGAAUGCCCGCAAUAACGGUGAUUAUGUGAACUAUUUGACCUACAUCUUCAGCAACCCGCAACUUGGCCAGCAGCUGAGUUUGAACCCGCCCAGUCUAUUCCUCAUCCGCUAUGCCGCAGCAAUCAAUCUCAAGAACUACCUCAAGUUUUUCUAUCACAGCAUCACUAAAGAUCAACUGGCGUACAUCAAAGCAGCCACCCUCACAGUCCUGCGAGACCCCAAUCCGCAGUUGAGAAGUUUCGCGGGAACCGUGAUCACCGAGACGGUUCAACAGGGAGGGCUGCUUCAGUGGCCGGAGAUUCUACACGAGUUAUUGUCGCUGGUCAGCAAUGCAACUGGAAAUGUCUCGCCCGAAACCCAAGAGGGCGCCAUGUCCGCAUUGGCCAAAGUCUGCGAGGACAACAGAAAACUGCUGGACAAGGAAUACCAGGGCCAAAGACCGAUGUCAGUGAUGGUCCCGAAAUUGCUGGAGUUUGCGAGCCACCCAAACCCCAAGAUCCGGGUGUUCGCUUUGACCACCUUGAAGUCUUUCAUACCUCAGAAGUCGCAGGUGCUGUUCUCGGCCCUCGAUGUCUAUCUACAGACCAUUUUUCAGCUCGCCACCGAUCCCGACGUGCAAGUGAGAAGGAUUGUUUGUCAAUCACUUGUGCAGCUGGUCGACGCCAGACCCGAUAUGCUUGCGCCCCAUCUUGACGGUCUGGUCAAUUACAUCCUGACGCAGCAACAAUCAUCGGGAAACCCGGACCUGGCCCUGGAUGCCGCGGAAUUCUGGCUAAGCGUAGGUGAACAAGAACAACUCCGGGAUCGAAUGGGCCCAUAUCUGGAUAAGAUCAUCCCCGUACUGUUGGCGGGGAUGGUGUAUGGAGAAGACGAAGUGGUUAGGCUUGGGGGCGACGAAAACAACGCCGAUGUUGAAGAUCGCGCAGAGGAUAUCAAACCGCAGUUUGCCCAGUCUAAAGCCGGCAGAGGCGUUACCUCUGAGAAGGAAGAUACCCCUGGCACGCCGCAAGCGAAUGGGACGUCGUCCAAGGAUCCCGACCUUAGUGACGGAGAGAUCGAGGACGACGACGAUGACGACGAGUGGGACGACGACGACCCGGAGAAUGCCUGGAGUCUGCGCAAGUGUUCGGCCGCAGCGUUGGAUGUCUUCGCGGUCAACUACCAUUCGAGCGUCUUCAACAUCAUCCUUCCAUAUCUGAAAGACAAUCUGUCUCAUAACCUGUGGCCGAAGAGGGAAGCGGCCGUCCUCGCCCUGGGGGCCAUUGCGGAUGGAUGCAUGGAUGUUGUCUCUCCGCAUUUGCCCGAACUUGUGCCCUUCUUGAUUUCCCUUCUCAACGACGAAGAGCCGGUUGUUAGACAAAUCACCUGCUGGUGUCUGUCACGAUACUCCGAGUGGGCGGCGAGGCUGGAAUCGCCGGCCGACCGACAACGAUACUUCGAGCCGAUGAUGGAAGGCCUGUUGAAGCGAAUGCUCGACCAGAACAAAAAGGUUCAGGAGGCCGGAGCCAGUUCCUUUGCCAGCCUCGAAGAGAAGUCCGGGGACAAGUUGAAGCCUUAUGUCGAACCCAUCCUGCGCCAAUUCACCGAAUGCUUUAGGCGAUACAAGGACAAGAACAUGUACAUCCUCUACGACUGUCUACAGACCCUUGCCGAGAAUGUGGGAUCCGACAUGACCAAGCCGGAACUGGUCGAUCUGCUGAUGCCCGUCUUGAUCGAGCGCUGGAAUAAGAUCCAGGACGACUCGAGGGAGAUGUUUCCCCUGUUGGGUUGUCUGGGCUACAUCGCCAUGGCGUACGGCGACACGUUCGCCCAGUUCGCUCCUCCCAUCUUCGACCGGUGCAUCAAAGUCAUCUACUCCAACCUGCAGCAGCACAUGGCCUACCUAUCCGGAGCGACCAUCGACGUGCCAGACAAAGACUUCAUCGUGACCGCACUAGAUUUGUUGUCGGCCAUCAUCCAGGCCAUCUCGCCACAGAACUCGGCGCCCUUGGUACAGAACUCCCAACCGCAAUUCUUCGACCUCCUUUGCUUCUGCAUGGAAGAUCCCACCACGGACGUGCGGCAGUCCGCGUACGCCGUGCUCGGCGACUGCGCGAUAGCACUGUACAGUUCUCUGGACAAUUACGUGCCGAAAUUGCUGCCCGUCGCGAUCCAGCAGCUCGAUCUGGACGCGAUGCCGGAUACGGACUCGGACAGCGGCUUCAAUGUGCUCGCCAACGUGUGCUGGUCGAUCGGCGAGAUCGCGGCCCGCGCGCCGACGUCGCGCAUCUCGCCCUUCAUCGAGCCGCUGUACCAGGGCCUCGUGGCGAUCAUCAAGAACGAGGAAGUCGCCGACCCGGCGAGCGAGAACGCCGCCACGGCGCUCGGCCGACUCGGCAUCUCGUGUCCGAUCCACCUCGCCCCGUUCCUGAAGGAUUUCGCCGAGCCCUUCUUGCAGUCCAUGUCCAAGAUCUCCACGUCGCACGAGAAGGCCUCGGCGUUUCUGGGCUUCAACAACGUCAUCGAACGCAACCCGCAGGCCAUGGAGAGCAGCCUGGCCCUCUAUUUCGCCGCCAUUGCCCAGUUCCCGCAGAAGGGGAAACAGGGCGCCGAGUACGCCGAAGUUCGCGCCAGUUUCGCCCGAGUCAUCCAGGGCUACGUCGGCCUCAUUGGCGCCGAUGGGUUCAAUGCUUUCCUGUCCGGCCUGACUCCGCCGGUCAGAGCGAAGUUGAGAGAUGGAUAUGGUGUUGGAAUGGGCUGA